ACAAUGAGUGAAGAGCCACCGGUCACCCCCAGCUGGCCGACCCCUGACCCCACAGCCUGGGCCAGCGGAGGCGGGGGGCCGAUGGACAACAGUUCCAUCCUGGGGACGUUCCCGCCGGAGGACUCCCUCUCUCCCAGCCAGCUGCCUCUGCUCAUCAACCCCUGGGACAUCGUGCUGUGCUCCUCCGGGACCCUCAUCGCCUGUGAGAACGCCCUGGUGGUGCUGGUGAUCUGGCAGAACCCGGCACUCAGAGCCCCCAUGUUCCUGCUGAUCGGCAGCUUGGCGCUGGCCGACCUGCUGGCCGGCCUGGGCCUGGUGCUCCACUUCACCUGUGCCUACCUGCUCCGCUCUGACUCCGCCCAGCUGCUGACCGUCGGCCUGGUGGUGGCCUCCUUCUCGGCCUCCGUCUUCAGCCUGCUGGCCAUCACCAUCGACCGCUACCUGUCGCUGUACUACGCCCUCACCUACAACUCGGAGCGGACGGCGGCCUUCACCUACACCAUGCUGGUGCUGCUGUGGGGCCUCUCCCUGUGCCUGGGCCUGCUGCCGGUCACCGGGGUCAACUGCCUGGCGGAGGAGUCCACGUGCAGCGUGGUGCGGCCGCUGACCAAGAACAACAUCGCCGUGCUCUCCAUCUCCUUCCUGCUGCUGUUCGGCCUCAUGCUGCAGCUCUACGUCCAGAUCUGCAAGAUCGUGAUGCGCCACGCUCAUCAGAUCGCCCUGCAGCACCACUUCCUGGCCGCCACGCCGCACUACGUCACCACACGGAAGGGCGUGUCGACGCUGGCCAUCAUCCUGGGCACGUUCGCCGCCUGCUGGAUGCCGUUCACUGUCUACUCCCUCAUCGCGGACUACACCUACCCUCCGCUCUACACCUACGCCACGCUGGUGCCUGCCACCUACAACUCCGUCAUCAACCCGGUCAUCUACGCCUUCAGGAACCAGGAGAUCCAGAAGGCUCUGUGGCUGGUGUGCUGCGGCUGCGUGCCCGCCAGUGUGGCCCACCGUGCGAGGACCCCCAGCGACGUCUGA